AUGACGCGCAACGCCGCGUGCUUCACCACGUGUGCUGCAGCUCGCCGGCUUUUGGCGGCCCCUUUUCCUGGGGGCGUAGUCGGUAGUGUUUCGGGGUCUGGAACAGCCGCAACCCCGAGGCUUUUAGCACGAAGCGGUGAGCCCUCUGGUCGUCCAGGACCGGGGUCCCUGUCCAUGGAGCACCUUCUACUGGAGGUGGCGGCCGCGCCGCUUAAGUUAAUCGCUGCCAAGAACGAGAAGAGCCGCAGCGAGCUGGAUAGGUUCUUGACCAAGCAGGUAUGGACACCUCAAGAUCGCCAGUGUAUCCUGAGUAUUUUAGCACAGUUGCUCCUGGAUAAGGACUAUACCGUGUUGAUUGGCCGCCAGCUGCGCCCUCUCCUUUUGGAUUUGCUAGAAAGGAAUGCUGAGGCCAUUACAACUGGUGGCCAGGUCAACCAUGAUCUACAUGAACGUCUCUGUGUGUCCAUGAGCAGGCUCAUUGGUGACCAUCCUGACAUUCUCCCGUUUGCUCUGAGGUAUUUCAAGGACACCUACCCAGUCUUUCAAAGGCUCUUUCUAGAGAGUUCAGAUGCUAACCCAGUACGUUAUGGGCGUAGGCGGAUGAAGCUCCGAGACCUAAUGGAAGCAGCCUACAAGUUUCUGCAGCAAGAACAGUCUGUUUUCCGGGAGCUCUGGGACUGGAGUGUUUGUGUCCCUCUCCUCAGGAGCCAUGAUACCUUGGUCCGCUGGUACACAGCCAAUUGUCUUGCUUUGAUCACCUGUAUGAAUGAAGAACACAAGUUAUCAUUCCUAAAGAAGAUUUUUAAUAGUGAGGAAUUGAUCCAUUUCAAGUUAAGGCUAUUAGAAGAGGCCCAGUUGCAGGACUUGGAGAAGGCCUUGGUUUUGACCAAUCCAAAAGCCUCCCUUUGGCGUAAAGAGAAGGAACUGCAGUACUUACAGGGACACCUUGUUUCUGCUGACCUCUCCUUUAGGGUGACAGCUGUCUGUGGUGUGGUGCUGCCCAGGCAUCUGCCAGCCUCUGAAGAGCAGGCAAGUGACAGGUCUUCUUCACGUGAACAGGACCUGGCCCUUAGGUCUUAUGUGUUGGUUGAAUCUGUCUGCAAAAAUCUUCAGACCCUCGCUAUGGCAGUGGCUUCUCAGAAUGCUGUCUUAUUGGAAGGACCAAUAGGAUGUGGCAAAACUUCCUUAGUUGAACAUUUAGCUGCAAUGACAGGUCGAAGGAAGCCUCCUCAGCUUCUCAAAGUCCAGCUUGGAGAUCAGACUGACAGUAAGAUGUUAUUGGGGAUGUAUCGCUGCACUGAUGUCCCUGGAGAGUUUGUGUGGCAGCCUGGCACCCUGACACAGGCAGCCACAAAGGGCCACUGGAUCCUUCUGGAAGAUAUUGACUAUGCCCCCUUAGAUGUGGUUUCCGUGUUGAUCCCUCUCUUGGAGAAUGGAGAGCUUUUGAUUCCUGGCCGAGGCGACUGUCUAAAAGUGGCUCCUGGAUUUCAGUUUUUUGCAACCAGGAGACUUCUGAGCUGUGGAGGAAAUUGGUAUAGACCACUAAAUAGUCAUGCUACUUUGCUAGACAAAUACUGGACCAAGAUUCAUCUGGAUAAUCUGAAUAAGGAAGAACUGAAUGAGGUUCUUCAGAGUAGAUAUCCAAGUCUGUUGGCAGCAGCUGAUCACCUGCUGGACAUUUAUAUCCAGCUUACUGGAGAGAAACACCUCCAUCUGAGUGGAUACAAACAGGUAUCCCAGGAAGUUUCAGAAACUAGGAGAGAAAACAGAAGACUAAUCCUUGAGGGAAGGGAAUUGUCACUAAGGGAUCUGCUGAAUUGGUGUAAUAGGAUUGCUCAUAGUUUUGAUAGUUCGUCUUCAGCAGCAGCAUUAAAUAUUUUUCAAGAGGCUCUGGAUUGUUUCACAGCUAUGCUUUCUGAGCAUUUAAGCAAACUGAAAAUUGCAGAAGUUAUUGGAAGCAAAUUGAACAUUUCUAAGAAAAAGGCUGAAUUCUUCUGUCAACUUUAUAAACCAGAAAUUGUGAUUAAUGAGCUAGAUGUGCAAGUAGGUCGAGUGCGGCUUCUUCGGAAACAAAGUGAGGCUGUUCACGUACAGAAGGAGAAGCUUACUUUUGCUGCUACUCGGCCAUCCUCUGUUCUCAUUGAACAGCUUGCUGUGUGUGUCAGCAAAGGGGAGCCUGUGUUGCUCGUGGGUGAGACAGGGACCGGCAAAACCUCUACUGUCCAAUACUUGGCUCAUAUUACAGGCCAUCGUUUGAGGGUUGUUAAUAUGAAUCAACAAAGUGAUAUUGCAGACUUACUUGGAGGGUAUAAGCCGGUGGACCAUAAGCUUAUUUGGCUACCCUUACGAGAAGCAUUUGAGGAACUCUUUGCCCAGACGUUUUCCAAAAGACAAAACUUUACUUUCUUGGGUCACAUUCAGACUUGUUAUAGACAGAAACGGUGGCAUGAUCUCCUCAGACUAAUGCAGCAUGUGUACAAGUCUGCUGUUAACAAGGAAAGAAAGGAGAGUGAUGCUGGGCUACUCCUAAAGGAGAAAUGGGAAGCAUUUGGUCUUAGACUCAGUCAUGCCCAACAACAGAUGAAGAUGACUGAAAAUACCCUUUUGUUUGCAUUUGUAGAGGGUACGUUAGCUCAGGCUGUAAAGAAAGGAGAGUGGAUCUUGUUGGAUGAGAUUAACCUGGCUGCUCCUGAAACAUUGGAAUGUCUGAGUGGUUUGCUUGAAGGAUCCUCUGGCUCCUUGGUGUUGCUUGAUCGAGGAGACACAGAGCCACUGGUUCGUCAUCCUGACUUCCGCUUAUUUGCAUGCAUGAAUCCAGCUACUGAUGUAGGCAAAAGAAAUCUCCCACCAGGAAUAAGAAACAGGUUCACAGAACUUUAUGUAGAAGAAUUAGAAAGUAAAGAAGACUUACAAAUACUUAUUGUGGAUUAUUUGAAAGGAUUGAGUGUAAAUAAGAACACAGUGCAAGGAAUCAUAAACUUCUACACAGCUUUGCGGAAAGAUUCUGGGACCAAGUUGGUGGAUGGGACUGGCCACAGACCUCACUAUAGCCUUCGGACUCUCUGCAGAGCCUUGCGAUUUGCAGCCUCCAAUCCAUGUGGCAAUAUCCAGCGCUCUCUCUAUGAGGGCUUUUGUUUGGGUUUCCUGACACAACUUGACAGGGCAUCACACCCAGUGGUUCAGAAGCUCAUUUGUCAACACAUUAUCUCUGGUAAUGUCAAAAGUUUGCUGAAACAGCCUAUUCCAGAACCAAAAGGAGGUCGACUUAUCCAGGUUGAAGGCUACUGGAUUUCAGUGGGAGACAAAGAGCCAACAAUAGAUGAGACAUACGUAUUGACAUCUUCCGUUAAGCUGAACUUGAGAGAUAUAGUCCGAGUGGUCUCUGCAGGAACGUAUCCAGUGCUGAUUCAGGGAGAGACAUCAGUUGGUAAAACAAGCCUGAUCCGGUGGCUCGCUGCAGCUACUGGCAACCACUGUGUGCGUAUUAAUAAUCACGAGCACACAGAUAUUCAGGAGUACAUUGGUUGUUACACGUCUGACUCCUCAGGGAAACUUGUCUUUAAAGAAGGUGUUCUUAUUGAUGCCAUGAGAAAGGGUUACUGGAUAGUCUUAGAUGAAUUAAAUUUGGCCCCUACUGAUGUGUUAGAGGCACUGAACAGGCUGUUGGAUGAUAACCGUGAAUUGCUUAUAACAGAAACACAAGAAGUUGUUAAAGCACACCCUCGCUUCAUGCUUUUUGCCACUCAAAAUCCUCCAGGGCUUUAUGGAGGCAGAAAAGUGCUUUCUAGAGCCUUCAGGAAUCGGUUUGUGGAAUUGCACUUUGAUGAAUUGCCUAGCGCUGAGUUGGAAACAAUCUUGCACAAACGAUGUAGUUUACCUCCAUCCUAUUGCAGCAGAUUGGUUAAAGUCAUGUUGGACCUUCAGUCCUACCGCAGAAGUUCUUCAGUGUUUGCUGGAAAGCAGGGCUUCAUUACCCUUCGUGAUCUGUUCCGAUGGGCUGAAAGAUACAGAUUGGCUGAACAGACAGAGAAGGAGUAUGACUGGCUGCAGCAUUUAGCCAAUGAUGGUAUGUUUUCAAUGAAGUGUUUGUUUUUCUUUUCUGAGAGAGGAUCUCACUUUGUAUCCUGGCUCACCUUGAACUCAUGGUCCUCAGAGUGCUAGCAUUAUUGGUAUGCAUCAUCAUGACUGGCUCAG